UGAUUCAUCAUAGAGAUGCAUCAUAGAGAAAAUCCAAAGAUGACUUCGUUGGACACCCAAACAUGUCCGGAAAGGAACAUGUUUUCUAUGGUAGAAGAAUCGAAUUAUUUUAAUCAAGAAAGCGAAGUUUCUGAGUUUUUCUCUGGACGAAAGAUACUGAUAACAGGAGGUUCUGGAUUUUUGGGGCGACUUAUACUGGAAAAACUUUUGAGAUCAUGCCCAAAAAUUGAAAGGAUUUAUUUAUUCAUGAGAGGAAAGAAACAGAAGGACAUGCAGACUCGAUUUAAGGAAUAUUUUAACGAUAUCGUUUUCGACAGAUUGAGGGAAGAACAGAAAGAUUUCGAAAAGAAGAUCGUUCUAAUAGAAAGCGAUAUGAAUGAAUUGAAUUUAGGAAUGUCAGAAAGAGACAGCGAACGUAUUAAAGAUACUGAAGUGAUUUUUCACUGCGCAGCAUCGGUACGUUUCAAUGAAACACUUCGUUUCAUAAUUAAUGUAAACGUCAGAGGAACGAGGGAUCUUCUUUUGCUUGCACGAGAAAUGCCGAAUUUGAAGAUUUUUACCUAUGUAUCAACGGCAUAUUCGCAAUGCAUUUAUGAAAGAAUCGAAGAGAAAUUUUACAAUCCACCGUUCAAGACUGAAGACAUAAUAAAAUUGACGGAGAUUUUGAACGAUGAUCAAUUGAACUUAAUUACGCCAGAAUUACUCGGUAAAUGGCCCAACACUUACACGUACUCAAAAGCAAUUUGUGAAGACACUGUACGGGAAUAUUCAAGAGGACUUCCAACUUGCAUCGUUCGUCCAUCCUCUGUUUUGGCAGCGGAAAAGGAUCCGAUUGCCGGUUGGAUAAAUAAUUUCUACGGUUUGACAGGCGCCUUGGUGGGUGGUAGUAUUGGUAUUUUUCAUGUAAUGCAUCUUGAUAAGGAGUUAAUACACGAUAUUGUUCCCGCUGAUUAUGUGGUCAACAAUAUCAUCGUAUCAGCAUGGGACACCGCGAAAAAAAAAUCUAUAUCACGGGUUAUUACUAAUUUCGAUAAAGAUGACAAGUCCUUAACAGAUAACGCGGAAGAGAUUCCAAUUUAUAAUAUCGUCUCCUCUGUUCAAAAUCCAGUGAAAUGGAAUUACUGUGUAUCCAAACCUGCAGGAUUAGUUUCUAUUUUUCCGUACAGCAGAUCCUUGUGGUACCCCUUCUUUAUAGGAUUGAAAAAUGAAUACUUUGUCUAUUUAUGCAUAAUUUUACUUCACUGGAUACCGGGAUUGAUAGUCGAUUCACUAGCUUUUCUCGUCGGAAGAAAACCAAGGUUAUUAAAUAUUUAUAGGAAAUUGCAUAAAUUGACCAAUGUAAUGAAUUUCUUUACAACACAUCAAUGGGAAUUCUCAAAUGAUAAUGUUUCGAAGCUAUGGAAUAAAUUAUCUGUUGUCGAUAAGAAUAAAUUCUUCUUUAAUAUUAGCGAUCUCGAUUGGGAUUCUUAUUUUUUAACGUAUUGUAAAGGAAUUCGAGUAUUUCUGCUGAAUGAUCCUUUGGAGACGAUAAAUGAUGCUAAAAUUUUGUAUAAAAGAUUGCGAAUAAUUCAUUAUACGACGGGAAUUGUCCUAUUAAUUUUGUUACUUUGGGGUCUCUACUUGUUAUUACAGUUUCUUUAUGCAUCUUUGUUAUCCUUCUGAGCAUCCAAAAACAUGAAUGGACGCAAGAACGAAGACGGAAUAUAAACUGAUCUUCGAUUUAAGAUUGAAUGAAUUUAUUCUUUUUUUGGAGAUGGUGACAUGCAGUUAAUUUUGAAUUUUCCCGCCUUUUUAUUUGUCGAUUCGCUAGAACUUUAUGAAUCUGUCCACUUAAAGAUGGCACUAGUUAGUAGUAGUUUGUGGGUUUUGUCGUUGAUGACACACUAUAUAGAGAGAAACUUUGGACAUCAAGUAACAAUUGUAACAUAUUUAUUUAUUAUUGUUGCUGUACAGCGAGUAUAAUCAGAUUAUGACUUUUAGGAGCUAUGGCUCUGGUCUAUAAAAGAGUCGAAAAAAUAAUAAAUGAUUUCUCUUGUGUUUCCGGGGUUUUUGUCGUCUUUGUUGUUUUUGCUUCUUUUGUUGUCUGUAAUUUGAUUUGAUUCGUUUUCCACGUAUGUAUUUAAUGGCGCUGUGGCAUGUUAGUUAUAUUUCUUGCCGAAGGAGGCAUAAUAUUCGCGACGAGAUUGCCACAGGUUCUUAUAACGAUUUAUUAUUUAUGUACGACUAUUUGAAUUUUCGUUCAAUAUAUAAGUUAACAUUAAAUUUGUAAUCAGAUUACACAUUUUUUUAAUAAUAUAUAUUUUAUAUAUAUUAUAUACCAUUUUUAUAUAAUUAUAUAAAAGUAUCUGUUAUCAUGAUGACUUUCAAUUUUUGCGGAAUAAUGAACGAAUACUUCUUUAGAGAGCUAUUUAUAUCUGAUGUAUAUUUCGAAAUUGUAUAUGCAUUAAUAUUACAAUGCCCAUUCUCCAUAUAUCUGUUUCUUAUAUAUAUAGGAGUUAGGUCAAGUAUUUGCAGUUUGAAGUCAACCGCUGUUUAAACCCGAUUAGAAGAACAAUAAAGCUUUUAAUUAAAGAUCAUGCCCAAAAAUUGAAAGGAUUUAUUUAUUCAUGAGAGGAAAGAAACAGAAGGACAUGCAGACUCGAUUUAAGGAAUAUUUUAACGAUAUCGUUUUCGAAAGAUUGAAGGAAGAACGGAAAGAUGUCGAAAAGAAGAUCGUUCUAAUAGAAAGCGAUAUGAAUGAAUUGAAUUUAGGAAUGUCAAAAAGAGACAGCGAACGUAUUAAAGAUACUGAAGUGACUUUUCACUGCGCAGCAUCGAUUACUCGGUAAAUGGCCCAACACUUACACUUACUCAAAAGCAAUUUGUGAAGACACUGUACGGCAAUAUUCAAGAGGACUUCCAAUUUGCAUCGUUCGUCCAUCCUCUGUUUUGGCAACGGAAAAGGAUCCGAUUGCCGGUUGGAUAAAUAAUCUCUACGGUAUGACAGGCGCCUUGGUUAUUAAAUAUUUAUAGAAAGUUGCAUAAAUUUGCCAAAGUAAUAACUUUCUUUGCAACACAUCAAUGGGAAUUCUCAGAUGAUAAUGUUUUGAAGUUAUGGAAUAAACUAUCUGUUGUCGAUAAGAAUAAAUUCUUCUUUAAUAUUA